CAGUGAUAACAAAAUAGAAUUUCACGAUGGCUGGGGAUACUUGGGUGACAGACUGUAGGUCUGUUGAAACUCUUGGAAAUGACAUCAUGGAAAAGUUGAAUGAGAAGAACCGUUUGAAGCGGUCUGGUUCAAAUUACUCCAAGGUUGACACACAAUGCCGUCUAAUGCUUCAAAAUUACUCCAAAGAGCUUCAGCAAUUAAAAAGCAGUCUGACCAGAGCUGCUUCGUCAUAUCACAUAACAGAACGUGAAGCUGAGAGAAGACAAGAUAUGAUUGACCAGCUUGCUAGCAAAGAGAAACGACUAAAGGCAGCAUUCGUUCAGGAAUCAGUUCAAACGGAUUACGGCAGAGGUUCAUUACUGGACACCGGUCCAUCUCGUGGCUUCCCGUCUGAUCCGUGGUCUGCUGAUGUGGAGUCCGAUUACACGAUAAACAAAGGUGUUGGCGAACUCAGACAACAACAACAUCAAAUAAUAAGAGAACAAGACAAGGGACUAGAAGCUCUGUCCGAAGCUAUUCAACGUCAGAAAUUGAUUGGACAUGCAAUCUCUGACGAGGUGGAUGAGCAUAACGAAAUUAUCGAUGAUCUGCACAGCAGUGUUGAGAACACCAACCGAAGAUUGAUCCGUGAAGAUGCUCACGUUAGGAAAGUCACAGCAAAAUCUUCAAGUUGUGUAAUGAUGGUCGUUAUUGUUCUACUGUUGAUCACCAUUGUCGUGGUCGCCGCUGUUCCGAAGAAGAGUUAGUACGACGACUUCACCAAUCAAGGAUAACAAUAGUAUACAGAUGAGUUUGGCUUUUGUUUGUUUAUACUACAGUAAUUACUACGUCCAAUACCCGUUAACUUUAAACCACCUCUGCGAAAAACACUGCAAAUCCUGCAAUUUGUGUGUGAACAGUUGUCAGCCAAAUUUGUCCGUAAAUAAUGGAUUAGGUGGGUGGCUCUUAGUGCUGCCUGGCUUAGAAUUUGUAGAUUCGUGAAGGAACUAUUUAGUGCACCUGAUUUUCGUUAUUUGUCAGAUCGACCAAUCAAAAUGCGUGAAUUUCACACUGAUCUUAUGUUCAUUGGAUAUAGCAACUGUAGCAAUCAAAAACUUACCCAGAAUUAUUGAAAAAAAUACAUCGAGUUCUAGGAAGGGUUCGACUUCUAAAUCAAUCUUAAGUCCAGAGCUGAUAGCGACGUUUAAGAUAGUAUUUUUUAUUUUUCUGGGUCUACGGAAGUUCACUAAUUCUGGCUUUGUUUUUGCCAACUAAAUUGGCAUAGUUGCUUCAUCCAGUGUUCUAUUAGACCAGUGGUAUAUACUGCCUUAUAAUGAACAAUUAUUUCAAUAAUUAUUUAAUAUUAGUAGGAUUACGUAUAGUUGUAGCACAUCAAAUUGAAAUCUAUCCAUUCAAACUCAUGAAUAUCAAACGUUAUAUUUACACUCAA